UGCGCAUGCGCAUCAAGUCUCCGCUUACUCCUUCGAAGUGUCCCACUGCUGUGACCACCGCUGUCUUCAACUCCUGCACCGUAGAUUAAGACACAUGGCAGAGACAGGAAAGGACAUGCAGGUCAAGAACAAAGAACCCUGUGGGAAAUGUUGCCACCAGGCUCCUAAAUGUCAGGGCACCAUGACUGUUCCUCCUUCAUUCGCCGACCUGGGAAAAUCAGCCAAAGACAUUUUCAACAAAGGCUUCGGGUAUGGGGUUCUCAAACUGGACGUAAAGACCAAAUCCCAGAGUGGUGUUGAGUUCACCACCUCGGGUUCCAGCAACACAGACACGGGGAGGUCAGGUGGUCACCUCGAAACCAAGUACAAGUUGAGCGACUUGGGCCUCAGCUUUAAUCAGAAAUGGAACACGGACAACACCCUGACCACAGAAAUCACCAUGGAGGACCAGUUGGCUAAAGGCCUGAAGCUAGCUCUGGACACUUCCUGUGUGCCUAACACUGGUAAGAAGAGUGCCAAACUGAAGACCGCCUACAAACGUGACUACAUCAACAUGGGCUGUGACCUGGACUUCGACAUGGCCGGUCCCACUGUCAGUGCCACGGCCGUGCUGGGCUACGAGGGCUGGUUGGCGGGCUACCAGUUGGCCUUUGACACCGCCAAAUCCAAACUGACGCAGAACAACUUCGCCCUGGGAUACAAGGCUGCAGACUUUCAGCUUCAUACCAAUGUCAAUGACAGCACAGAGUUUGGAGGCUCUAUUUACCAAAAGGUCAACAGCAACUUGGAGACAGCAGUGCACCUGGCCUGGAUCGCUGGCAGCAACAACACACGCUUUGGAAUUGGGGCCAAGUACCAGCUGGAUAAGGACUCCUCCCUGUCUGCCAAAGUCAACAACUCCUGCCUGGUUGGUCUGGGAUACACACAGACUCUGAGGCCAGGAGUGAAGCUCACCCUCUCAGCUCUGGUCGAUGGGAAGAACGUGAACGGUGGUGGACACAAACUGGGAAUGGGUUUCGAGCUGGAGGCGUAAAGACUCCUCAGGAGGAGACGAAGAGAGGAGACCGACAUACGAGAAAAAUAUAGGGCUGAAUGUGACAACCAAAAUGUGCUCCAUUCAAAACACAUACUAUCACACACACACACGCAAAUAUACACACAUAUACUUCUUUGGCCUUAAUCCUGAAACACGAGCAGCCUCUAAGAACCUCCAGUACUGUAAUUUUUUAAAAUAAUUUAUAAUUUUACGUUGUUUCUCGAAAAAACAUUUUCCAUCACAUUUAUACAUAUAUGCAGAAAUCAUAUACCACUGUUCUCUGGAUGUGACCUGUAGGUUUUUCCUAACAGGAACCAGUGGACCUUCUGGCUUUGACUGUGUGCUCUGGUCAUUUCUGGUCUUUUAUCAGAGAUUCUUGUUUUAGUGUAACGUGGACUUGUUGCAUGCUUUUCAAGCAAAAAGAAAGUGUUUGACUUUGUUGUCCCAUUGAUGUCAGUGACUGAAAUGAAAGCUGUAGAACAUAAGGCAGAAAUCACACCCAGAGGGCGCUAUCAGACUUGACCCUUGACCUCAGUAACACAAAUUCACAGCAAAACUUCUACUCUUUGAAGUCCUGAUGAAAAAAAACAAAAAGAGGCUCAGGGUUUGAGUGUCACCUCUUUGACUUUGCCUUUGACAACCCCCACCACUGCAGGUGUCUGUGCUGUGCUUUGUUUUAAGUCUCAUUUUAUUCAACUGCUGAAUUAAAGAAUGUAAAAAAUG